UCCUUAUGUUAUAAAUUCAAGUACCUUCGUGACAAAAUUUACAGUGUUUAUGGGCGGAAACAUAGGUUCAGAAAAUCCACAUCAAUGGGAAAAUCGGAUAACCUACACUUUGAGUUUGAAAACGAGCAGGGUGUGUACAUUCCUGGGCAAGCCGUACGUGGUAGGCUUCAUGUGACUCUAUCUCAAGCAACAAACGUUAGAGAAAUAAGACUGGAAUUUGAUGGGCGUGCCUAUUGCCAUUGGUCAACUGGGUCUUCCAACAGAAGAACGGAUUUUAUCGGGCGAGAGGACUACUGUGAAGCAACGAUACCUCUCUUUGGACGGGGUCUUGGGAUGGGUGAAGGGAAUAAUUUACCAGAGGGCCAGUACGUCUAUCCAUUUUCCUUUGUAUUGCCUCCUGGCUUACCGUCUUCGUUCGAGGAUCCUUGGAGAAUCGGGUUCAUCCGCUACACAUUAAAAGGGAUCAUUGAAAAACGAGGCUUUAAUUACAGCGGUCACGUGUUACUUCGCGUCAUGUCCCCGGUAGAUUUGAGCUUCUUACCUAAUAUUACGACACCAAUUUCCAAUAGACAAGAAAAGUUCCUCUGCUGUUUCUGUUGCAAGUCUGGGCCAAUAACAGCCAUGCUUCAAUCAGAUAGAAUUGGCUUCGUCCUUGGAGAAUCCAUACCAUUUCAGGCAGAAAUUCAGAAUAUGUCAAAGAGAGCAUGUACAGUUCAAAUGAAUCUUAUAAUGAAUAUAAGUUAUCACGUCAAGAGAGUAACUAAAAUACUUCCUACUUUGGCGGCCCAGGUACUCUAUCCAGGUAACAUUACCCCAGGUGAAACAGAGAUAUGGUCGGGAGGCCAGUUGUUGAUUCCGUCUGAUUUGCCGCCGUCGCACUUUCCAGGGUGUCAAAUUAUGAACAUUCAUUACAGUCUUCAGCUAGUGGUUCUGCCAGCCGGACCAGCUACUCAGCUCAAAGUGCCUAUCGACAUUCUCAUUGGAUCAAUACCCAUUAGAUUUAAUCAGCAGCGACAAGUUGAACAGUUACCCCUCUCUCCUCCCCCAUAUCAAGAUCCUCCGCCCACACAGCCUGCAUCCACCUCGACAUCAGGAGCAAACUUACUGCUGACGCAGUUGGCACAGCUUAGCUAUAUUGAGGCUCUACGUAAUGAAGAGGGGGAGGUGACUCAGUGACAACUCUCGAUUAGAAUUCAGCAUGCAGAACAUAGUCAAUGGCGCAUAUCCUAGUAUAAAUGUAUUUACACGUGUAUACAUGUAUGCAUGCCGUUCAACAAAUAAACAAUACACUUUUAACCUUACCAGUUGAUAUUUAACUGCAAAUCUCGUUCAGAACUAAUAAUUUUUCGAAACAGUGCUCAGUUUAUGUGUACGACGACAAAAACAAUAGGGUAAGUUAAUAUCAGCUUUAAUCCCUUUGAACUUAUCAUUGAUUUUUGCUUUUGUUUAAAAAAAAAGAAAAUUAAUGCAUCUUGUUUGUGUCAUUGUUCUAGAAAAAUUAGACUAUUUCUUUUAGUUUUUUUUAAACUUUUCAAUCAAUUAAAAAAAUCCAAAUACCCAUAGUUUUAGAAGCACGUGGUUUUCAUUAAUAAUAAAAGAUACAAGAAAUCUAGGAACUUAGUUCAAUAGUACAUAUCUAAAAAACAUAUUAUAAUAGAAGUUUUGUUUCGUAUGUGGAAAAAUACUUGAAACACAAAUUGAAUUUGAAUUUUAUAUUGUAUAAAAUGGUUCAUGGUUGAUUAUAGACAUAAAAAAUCAAAAUAAGUUGAAAAUAAGAAGUUAACAACAACUGGUAUCUUUUUGAGAAAAAACUCAUAUUUUCAAGUUGGAAACUUCUGUACUGACAUGUUUUGGAAUUAACACGAAUUAUUUAUUUCAAUAACCGUGUUACCUUGUUAUUUUAGAUAUAAAAAUAUGUUUAUUUUAUAACGAAUUGAAUCUUGAUACUAUUAUGUAUACUACUGUUUAGUAAAUUAAUUACAUUGAUAGUGCUUGGCGUUUGUUUAUAGGUAUUUCUUUUAAUAAAAAGACUCGGGAAAAUUACCAUAAUUUUCUCAUGCAUGUCCAGUA